AGGCCAGAUAAAACAGUGAUGGCAUGCGCAUGCGCCAUAACGUUUGUCUAUCUCUCGCGCGCGCGCCCAGCUGUUUUGCGCCUGCGUUGAAAAGCCAAGCGUUCUCCCCGACUCCAACCAUACGCGGGACUAUAGUGUGCGCAUGCGUGCUCUUGCUGCUCUCCUCCCUCGGUCGCCGUUAUCGCUAUGGAAGUCAGCAGCAGAAUUGAGUGUAUCUUUUUCAGUGAAUUCCACCCAACACUUGGGCCUAAGAUAACAUAUCAGGUACCAGAGGAUUUCAUUUCCCGAGAGCUCUUUGAUACAGUUCAGGUCUAUAUCAUCACCAAACCUGAACUGCAAAACAAGCUCAUCACUGUUACAGCUAUGGGGAAAAAGCUAAUUGGUUGUCCAGUUUGCAUUGAGCAUAAGAAGUACAGCCGGAAUGCCUUGCUCUUCAACCUUGGCUUUGUUUGUGAUGCUAGAGCUAAGACUUGUGCACUGGAGCCUAUAGUGAAGAAACUGGCAGGUUAUCUUACCACUCUAGAGCUUGAGAGUGGCUUCAUUUCCACUGAUGAGAGCAAACAGAAGUUGAUACCCAUCAUGACCAUCCUACUUGAGGAACUAAAUGCCACUGGCAAAUGCACUCUUCCUAUAGAUGAAUCAAACACCAUUCACCUGAAAGUGAUUGAGCAACGCCCAGAUCCCCCCAUUGUGCAGGAAUAUGACGUUCCUGUCUUCACCCAAGACAAGGAUGACUUCAAUUCCCAGUGGGAUCUCACCACUCAGCAGAUCUUGCCAUACAUUGAUGGUUUUCGGCAUGUUCAGAAAAUCUCAGCUGAGGCAGACGUGGAGCUCAAUUUGGUUCGAAUUGCUGUCCAGAACCUCUUGAGCGGCAAUCGCCGUUCACGAAUGCGCAGGAGCGGGAAAUCGCCGCCUGCGCACAACAGCGCCUCUCCCAGCAACCCGUUUCGCCAUAAGGAUGGGCCUCCGGAACAGAUUGUGGUCUACUCAAAUGUAUAUUGUACCACACCUAAAGUCCAGGAUCUGGUGGAUGACAAAUGUCUUCAAGAUGAAUGCCUCUCUUAUGUCACAAAACCAGGUCACAAGCGAGCCAGUUUGAGAGACAUUUUCCAGCUCUACUGUGGGCUGAGCCCUGGCACAACUGUACGAGAUCUCAUUUGCCGCUACACCCUACAGCUCCAGAGAGUGGAUGAAAGGAAGCUCGUCCAGUUUGGCCUGAUGAAGGGCCUUAUUCGACGGCUCCAGAAGUAUCCUGUGAAAGUAGCCCGGGAUGAAAGAAGUCAUCCAGCCAGACUGUACACAGGUUGUCAUAGCUAUGAUGAAAUCUGCUGUAAAACAGGGAUGAGCUAUCGGGAGCUGGAUGAAAGGCUGGAGAAUGACCCCAAUAUAAUUGUUUGCUGGAAAUGAGUCUCCAAAAGGGGGGGGGCGAUUAUUCAUCAUGUCCUUUUUACUACUGUGCUGCCUGGGACUGCUCACAAUUUCUUCAGAAAUCAUUAAAAGCAACAUAGCUCAAAUUGUGUGGCAUGGUGCACCAUUGGUGCCUGGAACAAGUGAUCUGGAAGGACUUAGAUUUCUUUGGAUUGUUUUGUGAAGAUACCCGUUUUAGUGAAGAUCACAUUUGUCUGGGCAAAACACACAGAUGUAUAUCAAUAAGUUUCAGGAGUUCCAUUUUCAUUAAAAUAAUAAUUAAACCAAGUUUUGCAAUGCUGUAAAGUUGAGCAGUGGGGCAGGUGAGUGCUUAAACCUGUUCCCUGCUACCCAUGGUGUUAUGGAUGUGUGUUUACAAGGCUGAAAUGCUGGCUGUUUUUAAUCUGGCAGUAUUAUCCUGUGGUAGCAAGAAAUCACAUAAUUCCUUUCCUUGUGUAAAGUAUUGAAGGAAAAAGUUCUGUAACAGACUUGUACAAAUAAAACAGAAAGAUAAUUGCAUUACCCUUGCUCCUGUCUCAAUUGCUUUGAGUCCUUCCUGUGUAUUA